CGGCGUUUCUGGUGUUAGAUCCUCCGCUGGAUCUGGUAGAUUGUUAAAAAACCCAGAGGUUCAUGGUCCAGCCAACGGCGACCAAGGUGCUUCUUCCUCCAGAGCUAUUAGAGCAGGUGGCGAGACUAGAGAGAUCUCAGGCGGAGGUGGUAAACCAAACAGUGGUACUGGCGAACGGAACUCGUGGAGUAUCUUCUCAUUCCUCGAACCCUUCCUCUCAGGUGACACAGUCUGUGUCGAGAACAUCAAUGCCGACUCACCACAACCUCCUCCUUAUCGAAAUCCAGUUCAAAUUCCCCAAGAAGAAGCCGUUCAUGGUGAUAUUUCCGACCAUGAACCUGAUUUCGAGGAUGAACACGAAGUUGACGCCCCAGAUUUUGAUGCUCCAGAAGUUGAUGCUCCAAAGGAUCAAGACUUCGAAGAUCUGUUGGAUGGUCUCUUUCAUCUUCCUGGCCGACAACAUCUACCUCUACAGUCGAAGCAUCCAAUCCCCAACGUGAAGACUACAUGGUAA